AUGCUGUUGCUAUCAUUCAUCCCGAGCUGGAGGCCGUAUCCGGCGACGUCAGCACCACGUGAUCUGGGAGUUUUUGCAGGCGCCACUAUCUUCCCCGUGCCUAUUCAUGCCGACCAUUCUCCCGCGGCCGUCAUCUGUGGUGUUGCCCACGUCCUAGCCGACCUCCCCUCGCCGUUCCAGCAUUGGCACCCCAGCAACCUCAAAGGCUCUGGUGGUACUAUAUACGAACGCGGUGGCAGUGAGAACCGGGCUCGAUCGCGAGCAGCUGUGCUCCUCACCAGCGUCGCUCCCGGCGCAUUGUUGCAACGUCUAUGGGGGGUUGUUGGUCGUUAUACUGGAUUUACAUGGUCCUCGGGUGCUUGGGAAGCUGUCUCUCCGCUUCUCGAGCCUGCGCGAGGUGCCAGUCUCCUCUGGGCGCUUGUUGCCGACAGCUGGGGGCAAUCCGGCGAUGAUCAAUCUCCGCACCGCCUUCUGGAGCCGCCGACACUACCUUUCGCACCCGCCGACCUAUUUUUCUUCCCACCACUCAUUUUGGGUCAAUUCCGGCCAUUACACAAUGUCAAUUGA